CGACUCGGUCAGCAUCAGUGUUCUCGGGGUUUCGACAGCGUAUAGUGUGUUUGAAACGCUAAGUGCUUUUUCCAGUUUUCUUCCCUUCUGAGCCAAUAACAAAAAAACACAAACACCAUGGACGCCAUCAAGAAGAAGAUGCAAGCGAUGAAGCUUGAGAAGGAUAAUGCCAUUGACAAGGCAGAUACCUGCGAGAAUCAAGCCAAGGAUGCCAACUCCCGCGCCGACAAACUCAAUGAGGAAGUGCGCGAUCUGGAGAAGAAGUUCGUCCAGGUUGAGGUCGAUUUGGUCACCGCCAAGGAGCAGCUGGAGAAGGCCAACGCCGAGCUGGAGGAGAAGGAGAAACUGUUGACCUCCACCGAGUCUGAGGUCGCCACCCAGAACCGCAAGGUCCAACAGAUUGAGGAGGAUCUGGAAAAGUCUGAGGAACGCUCGACCACCGCUCAACAGAAGCUGCUGGAGGCCACACAGUCGGCCGAUGAGAACAACCGUAUGUGCAAGGUGUUGGAGAACCGCUCCCAGCAGGAUGAGGAGCGCAUGGACCAGCUGACCAACCAGCUGAAGGAGGCCCGCAUGCUCGCUGAGGAUGCCGACACCAAGUCCGAUGAGGUUUCCCGCAAGCUGGCCUUCGUUGAAGACGAGCUGGAGGUCGCUGAGGAUCGUGUCCGCUCCGGCGAGGCCAAGAUCAUGGAGCUCGAGGAAGAGUUGAAGGUUGUCGGAAACUCCCUGAAAUCUCUGGAAGUGUCCGAGGAGAAGGCCAACCAGCGCGUGGAGGAAUUCAAGCGCGAGAUGAAGACCCUGGCCAUCAAGUUGAAGGAGGCCGAGCAGCGCGCCGAGCACGCCGAGAAGCAAGUGAAGCGCCUGCAGAAGGAGGUCGACAGGCUAGAAGACGAGUUGGGCAUCAACAAGGACAGGUACAAGUCCCUCGCCGACGAGAUGGACUCCACAUUCGCCGAGUUGGCUGGAUACUAA